UCCUUCUUCUCCACCUUCCUUCUUCUUCCUCCUCCUUUCGCCCCCUCCUUCUCCUCCCACCCUUUCCUCCUCUUCACCUCUUCUUCUCUUCCUCUUCUCUUCUUCUCCUUCUCUUCCUCUUCUCUUCUUCUCCUUCUCUUCCUCCUCCCUUCUCCUUCUCUUCCUCCUCUUCCUCUUCUCCUCCUCCUCCCACCCUUUCCUCUUCUCCUUCUCUUCCUUCACCUUUUCUUCUCCUUCUCUCUUCUCUUCUUCUCCUCCUCCUUCACCUUCCUUUUUCCUUCUUCUUUUCCUUCUUCUCCUCCUUUCUCCCCUUCCGUCUCCUCCCACCUUUCCUCCUCCUCUUCUCCUUCUCUUCCUCUUCUUCUCCUUCUUUCUCCUCCUCCUUCUCCUCCACCUUCCUUCUUCCUUUUUCCUUCUUCUUCCUCCUCCUCCUUUCGCCCCCUCCUUCUCCUCCCACCCUUUCCUCCUCUUCACCUCGUCUUCUCUUCCUCUUCUCUUCCUCCUCCCUUCUCCUUCUCUUCCUCCUCUUCCUCUUCUCCUCCUCCUCCCACCCUUUUCUCCUUCUCUUCCUUCACUUUUUCUUCUCCUUCUCCCUUCUCUUCCUCUUCUUCUCUCCUUCUCCUCCUUCACCUUCCUUUUUCCUUCUUCUUUUUCUUCUUCUCCUCCUUUCUCCCCCUUCGUCUCCUCCCACCCUUUCCUCCUCCUCCUCUUCUCCUCCUCCUCCUCCUGUUGUUGUUGUUGUUUCUUCUUCCUUCUCCUCCUCUUCCUCUUCUCUCUCCAAAUCCCACCUAUUUCCUAUUCUCCCUGACGGGCUCCCGGAUCCCCGGCCUGCAAAACUCCCGAGAAGGCAACCGCGCCGGAGCCCGAAAAGACAACUCUUCCUGCCGCCUUCCCGCAGGCCUCCCCCUGCCCUUCCCGGGAAGCCCGAACGGCGAAUCCCCGGAGGCGGCUUCCCUCCUCGCCAGGGCCUGCCUCCGCGUGGACUCCGCCAGGCCUGCCUGCUGAGGAGCGAGCGGAGGGCCUGGGAGGGAGAGGCGGCGGCGGCGGCAGCUCCUCCUUCGGCGGCGCGCUUGGGGCCUCCCUGGCUACUCCUCCUCCUCAGCCGGGAAGCGCCGCUGAGACUGCCGCCGCCGCCGUCGAAGCCGGGCCCGCCCUUGCGGAAGGAGGCGGAUCUGGCGGCGAGAAAUGCUCCGAUUUUUGACUACAUUGAUUUUUCUUCCUGUACACCAAUCCAUCAUAAAAAUGAACAAAUACAGCUAAAAACAAAGAUACACCAAAUCAUUUGUUAGGGAGAAGCAAUUCUGAUCUAUGCAUUUCAAUUGUGAAUACAUGAAAUAAAUCAUUGGAGCAUAAGAGUGAAUAGAAACAUGGAACCAAAGCUAGUGAACAAGGAGCAUAAAAUGAGCAAAGUACAACAUUGCAGGUUGCUACUCUCAACCCAAACAUGUGGCCUGAAAGGAUAACGUGUCUCGUUCUUGAUGUAAGCACCGUCAUGCGGGUAGAAUAACUCCAAGGCAAUUGCAUUUUGCAAAAAAGAAAAUGCCAAAGAAAAAGAAAAAUCUCGGCGUGAGCCCAUCGAGAAAAAAUACAAACCCAGAGACGGUGUCUGCUACCAACGCCUCGUCCUCACCAGCUUCGUUACAUGGGAUCAAUAAAGAAAAACUCAUCAGCGGACUUUCCGAAAUGUUCUCGGACCUGGAUCCGACUGUCAUCUACAUGGUGCUGUCUGAAUGUGAUUUCAAAGUGGAAGAGACUAUGGAUUAUCUACUGGAAUUGUCCACAGCGGCCAAGGAUACAAUAUGUUCAUCGAAAGUCUCAGGUUUUGAUUCCCUGUCCGCAUUGCUAGUUGGUGAAAAUAACUCAAGCUGUAGUACUCGCGAACUUGAGGGCAACGAUGCUACCGCAGUUGUGAAGUGUGGCAAAGAAUCACAGCCGUCCUUGUCAUCCGAAGAACUGGCACUCUUGAUAGAGAAUUCUCUUGAGGAAUGCAGUCGAAAAAGUGAAGCAAAGGAAUCAGAAAACGAUCAGCUCUCAGGUAGCCUGACACUGGCUCCGGACCACACUGAUUCCAAUUGCAUUGAAUUAUGUCUAAAAUCCAAUGGAACAGCAAUAGAAAACUGGUUCACCACCCUGAAACCAAGUUAUAAUGAAGCAGCGGAGUCAACAUCCAUAUCGGAGUUUGAGACAAAGGAUAUUUUGACACCAAACCCAGAGAAUUACAGUUUGCCAGAAGUGGUCCUCGACAGUGGUGCCGUUUCGGAAAUUGUGACAUUCGCCGACAAGGCAGAGGCUUACACUGAGCCAAAUCAAAUGCACAAUGUUUUAUUUGACUUUACAGCGGUCAGCACCCUGACCACUCAACGCCAUCAGGUUUUUGCCAAAAUAGAGACAAAUGCUUUUCCUAGUCCUCAUGCUUCUUCGCAGGCGGCUGAAGAGCAAGAAAACGUAGUGACUCUCUAUAAUAACCUGAAACAAUUUUGCGUUCCUGACCUGUGCGCAGGAUCCGGUUUGAAAUCGGCACCUUUGACGAAGGAGACCGAUCCUUCUCGGCGAACGUGGAGUUCACCGUUUUCUCUGUUUCAGAAAUAUCCCCAGGAGCUCAAUUUUUAUCCAGCUUUCGAAUCCCAAUGUAGAAAUCAUAGCUUUGUGACUCCCAUCGCAAUUAGUCCUGGGAAAUGGAGACCGGCUUCAGAUUGUAAGAGUCAAGGAAAGACAUUUUGCUCUCCGGAAGUUGCAAAAUCCUGGGAGAGCCUCUCUCCUGUGCCAAAGAGAUGUGGGAAUAAAAACGGGCGACAAAGACAUCAUUUUCCUCAAGUCCAACAACUGCCUGGUGGUCACAUAAUGAACAGGAAGACCUUCGCCGGUUACGUUCUGGUUCUCCUCCGAGGGCUUCCAGGAUCGGGCAAAUCCUAUUUGGCAAGGGUUUUGCUUGAGGAUAACCCUUGUGGGAUCAUUCUUAGCACAGAUGACUAUUUUUAUCAAAAGAACGGGCAGUACCAGUUUGAUGCUGACUGUUUAGCAGACGCGCACGAGUGGAAUUGGAAACGUGCCAAAGAAGCCUUUGAGAAAAGGAUCACUCCUAUAAUCAUAGACAAUACAAACACACAGGCUUGGGAAAUGAAGCCUUACAUUGCUUUGUCACAGCAACACAAAUACAAAGUUGUAUUUCGUGAACCGGAUACAUGGUGGAAGUUUAAACCAAAGGAAUUGGAAAGGCGAAAUGUUCACGGUGUAUCUAAAGAAAAGAUCAAAAGAAUGUUGGAACGAUAUGAACAUUGCCUGACUGCUAAUUCAAUUUUGAAUUCUUCAAUCUCAGAUGGCAGGAGGACGCGUGAAAUCUGUGGUGAAGUUCUUCAUCGCGAGAAAAGGCAGGGGAAAGAAGAACAGAAAGAACAUUUUGCCUCCUCUUUGAAAAGCGUAGAAUUAAAUCCAGAUGAAAAAGCUACUUUAGAAGAAGUUAUGGCAGAUGAUCAGAGCCCUCAAAAUGAAAACAGAAGAGCGGGACAUGAUUUACAAGAAUCCACUUCUGAAUGUAGAAUAGAUUGCUUGGACCCUGCUGCAUUACCAGCAGGAAUCAAAAUGGAAUCCAUUCUUGAAACAGAGUUGAGACCAGUCUCGGAUUCCAGUGAAAAUACUCUGUCGUGCAAUAACAGUGAGUUGAAACUUCAGAUUGAAGCAACUGCGUGUCAUGAAAUAACGGAGCCAGAAUUCACAGAAACACAAAAUAAAGAUGGAGAUCUAAAUUCUGGCAGCUCAGUAAAAUCUGAAAUGUUAAACUUUGUGGGAGACUGGCCAGUAGAACAAACUUUGGGUCAAAGGGUGAAAAGAAUUAAAAGAUUAGAAAAACGUGCCAGGAGGGACAAAGGAGAUUUAAGUAUGCCGACAUCUACUCUUGAUCCAUUAAAAAAUACAAGUGAAGAUAAAACAUCGGAUUUGAUAGACAGUCAUCAGGACCUGCCACUUUCUGAAGAGAGGUGUGAAGACAAAUGUGAAGAAAGCAACUGUAACUUUCCUUCUACGUCGAUGCCUGAGAUUAAUGUGGAAGUCCAUACGACAGAAUUGCUCAUGGUAGGAGACUGGCCGAUUCAAACUUUACAGCAAAGACAACACAAAAUGAAAAGGAUAACCAAGCGAGACAUUCGCGAGUCAGAUGGAUUAGGAAACGGUCAAGAUGAUGUCAGCAUUGGUGAUGGGACUGCAACGUCUCAGCUGAAUGAAACAUCUGCAGAUGUUGAAGAGCAGGGUGCCUCUUCAAAGGAGAAACACUUUCAAGGGCCUGAAAUCACACCUCCUGAACCUCUUAGUGAGAAAAAGCCAGUGCUGAAUAAAAGAACACGGAAGCAUCAUAAAUUAGCGUUGACAUUUACCAACAAUUCGGCCCUCAACAAACCAGGGGAACCCCUGUCUCUUUGCACUUGGACAGAAGAAAAACCCAACCAAUGUGUGGUGUCCCAGGCUACCAAAUCUUCACAGACCGAACCACGAGAUUUUGCCCUUCUGUGGAGACUGGAGAGAGAGAUUGUCUUUUCAGAAGAUACAAAAGUACUGCACGGCAGACUUGACGGAUUCGUACCCAAAAGGGUUGAAGCCAUUCCAGAUUGCCCGGAAAAAAUACCCUACAAAGUAACCUACGAGAGAAGCACCUAUGUAGAAGAAAGGGAGCUGGUGAGGGUCGAUGAAUCGGAGAACCUCAAUAUUUUGUGUAAACUCUUUGGGUCUCUUUCGUUCGAUGCCAUCAAAGAUCUGUAUGAACGAUGUAACCGAGAUAUGGACUGGGCCACGGGACUCCUGUUAGACUCCGCCGAGAAGCUCUGCAAAGAUGACGACGUCGUAGACCUGCAGGAAGCAGAGGUUCGGCUCCCUGACGUGUCUCUUCCUUCGAAGAGACACACCGCGCCUGAAGACAGAUUUGCUGGUCCUGUGGCAGUCACUCAAGCGACUGCGAUUUCUAGGAUUAUUCACAAAUCCGAAAUAACGAAAGUCCCCCUUGGUGAUGACAGUGAAAACAUUUCUGGCCAUCCUGCAGGACACGGCAUACAUUCUUCUCCCGGAGAAAAUGAAAUUCAUCAGUUACCUGCUGCAGGAGAACCCGUCGUAGACCCAUCAGAUCUGGAGGUAGGUCCUUUGGACGUGCAAACAACACAGAGAAUUUCUAGAGCGCUAUCAGAGAAUGAGCUGCGAAAGACGUCCUCAGUUCAUGAAAUGGAUGCCGCUGUUCCCGACGAAGGUGAUGGCCGUUUGAAAGCCACCUGUGAUGUGGGUGAGGAUCAGCUUGGAGCAAACUUUCAGGAGGGUCCGUUUCCAGAGGAGAACUCAGAUUUGAAGCUAACGGAAGCAACCGAUUCGAGCAGUGCAGGAAGCCGCAAAUUUGAGCCGUGCAGAAAAAUGGAUUGUAAGCCCGGCGUUGUGGUUCCGACACAAAGAGAAAAGAACAUCCCCGAUCAAGAAAACGGGACAAUCAAGUUGCAGAACUUCGUAUCUCACUCAAGGUCCGUGACCAUCGAUUGUCUCGAGCUGGUCUUAGCUCCAGAAUUAGCCAUGCAGUUAAGUGAAAUAUUUGGACCAGUUGGAGUUGAUGCAGGAUCACUAACUCCUGAUGACUAUGUGGUUCAUAUUGAUCUGAAUUUGGCCAGAGAAAUUCAUGACAAAUGGAAAGCAUCUAUUAUGAAGAGGCGAGAAGAAGAAUUGCACAAACUCCUUGAAGAAAAUCCCUUGCUAUUUGAGCGGCUGCACCCAGGCAAAGUGGAUGACUUACUUUCCCAGUACGCUGCUGAUUUUCAAGGGCAGGAAAGUUUACCUACAGCUGGGUCGGCUGAAGCCUCAGCAGCUUCCGAUGUUUUCCCCUACAUGGAUCACUGGAAUGUUCACACUCAGCGAGUAUCGCUUCGGGAGAUCAUGUCGGAAGAAAUUGCGCUGCAAGAAAGACUAACGGUGAAACCUUUCCCUUGCAUUGCUAAAAAAGACUGUGCUGCGAAACUGAAGGAAAAACAACUUUUGGAGUUAUUCCCGACCAUUAACGCAAACUUUUUGAUGGACAUCUUCAAGGAUUACAAUUAUUCCUUGGAACCAACCGUCCAGUUUCUCAAUAGCGUCCUAGAGGCAGAUCCCAUAAAAACCGUGAUCGCUAAAGAGCCUGCUCAGAAUGCCAGGCAUUCUCCUAGCAACACUUCAAAGACCCGCGAGAAAAAGGCGAAGAAGACGAAAGAACUGGAAGACAUUCUGAGCGAGAAGGGAUUCCAAGACACUCAAUAUCCAGGCUACGAGGACUUCAGGGCCGAGGCGUUUCUUCACCAGCAGCAAAGGCAAGAAUGCCUAAGGAAAGCCGGAGAAGCCUAUCGCAUGGGGAUGAAGCCAGUAGCGGCGUUUUAUGUACAACAGGGUCAGCUUCAUGAACAGAAGAUGAAAGAAGCCAAUCAAGAUGCAGCUCAGCAAAUCUUUGAGAAAGUCAACGCUUCAAAGCUGCCUAUCAACCUUUUGGACCUGCAUGGACUUCACGUGGAUGAAGCUUUGGGCCACCUCUCUAGAGUCCUGCAAGAGAAAACCAAAGAGUACAGCCUGGCAGGCGGUAUACCGUAUCUCUACGUGAUCACCGGAAGGGGAAACCAUAGCCAGGGAGGAGUUGCUCGGAUCAAGCCAGCAGUUACAAAAUACCUCACCAGCCACAAAUUCAGGUUCACAGAAAUAAAGUCUGGCUGUUUUAAGAUCUUGUUGGAAUAAAAAGGAAGUCACCAAGAGGAUCGGAAAAGCUGAGGUUACACCAAAGCAGAAACGUUUUAAUGGGAGAAAUGUGCGACUUGUCCAAAACAAAGUUUCGGUGGAAAGGGCUUAACUGUCAGCAGGUGUUUGUGUCAAAUGUGUUUUUCUCUACCAAAUCUUCGUGUGUGUGUGUGUGUUUUAAUGAGAAGUAUUUUUAUAAGCCUUCUGCUUAUCAAGAAGUAUACUCAGUUAACUACCUUCGGAACAAAAUAUACAUUUUUUCAAAGAGAAGCAGGGGUUCCAAUCGGAAACGCCUCUGCCCUUUUCAGACUAUUAACAAAUAUCCAUAAACACCUGGAAUAUAGUGCUUUUUUUUUUUUUUUUUUAAAAAGGUCUCUAUUCCAUUUUAAAGCAAUUCUUGAAAUUAUGGCUGAGCUUACAUCGGGAUGCUUCGAAGGACUCUACGAGGUUUCGGGUUAUAAGAGCUAAUGGUUAUUUGCCUCCGGUGUGUUUUUUCACAAGAAUCCUUGGCUCACUUCCGAAAAGCGGGGGAACGCGGAAUGGGUUGCAUUUAUUUUCAGGGCAAAAAACGAAAUGUGGUAGCUUGUAUCUUAGCUUUUCAGAUCUCUUCUCCUCCUGUUUAUCUCUCUUAAUGCGUUGACAGGCUGCCUGAUGGGGACAGUAAAAAAUGUUACGAGAAAGAACAGGCAGGGGCUAUUCACUUAGAGGUUUGGCCUUGACUGCUUAUUUGGGUGAGUGUCGUUUGCUAAGAAUUGGGCCCUGUUAUUGCAAGGAUAAUUCACAACUUGGGUGCUUUUGAUGCUCCCACAGAACUCAGUAUGAGCAAGCCGAGCCUGUCAAUAUUAAGACCUGCCAUUAAGUGCAACAAGCAUUGAACAACGAAUACAGAAGUGUACAUUCAGUGUAUAUCUUUGCGUUGUGGCUUCUAGAGAUGUGAGCAAAAUUCCAGCCUGCAAUGGUUAUUGCCAAUACCUCUGGAAAAGAAAUAUAAGGAGACCCCACCUUAACGCCAUAAAAAUGACGCAGGUUCUCUUAAAGAAAACACCAGCAUCCGUUUUACGACUGCGUAUAAAAGAUGACCAGUGCUGAGCACAUACUCAUGUCAUGAAGUAGAAUAGAAGACUCCUAUGGCAGCUAUUCCAAUUAUUCUGCAUUGACUGAUUUUUUUUUCCCCCCCUCGUCAUUUUGCCAUGAAUUUACAAUAGUUUUGUCAAACUAGCAUCUGGGAAGUCAAAGCAUUAUAGUGCAUCCAUGCAGGUCUUGAUGGAAUCUUUGUGACCUGGUUUUUAAAAUCUUUCCUUAAGACAUAAUGUAAUUGUACAUUUGAUAUGUUGUUGUUGUUGUUUUUUAAAAAAAGAUGAGAUUGCUGAAGGGAAUAUGUGACUGUUUAUGGUGUUUUUAAAAACACAUUUCUGAGUCGGAAUAUAUAUAGGGUGAUUCCCGAGCUGAAUUUCUGCCAUGGUAUUCAGUUCCUCUCUACCGAACCAAUUAAGACAAACGGAAAUGUUUUAAGAUCAUUUAUUACUUUCUUGAGAAAAACUGAAUGUACAAUUUUACGUUUCUCCUUUCAAAAUAGAGCAGCAAUUUUUUCCCCCAAAUACUUUUCUCUUUUCAGUAAGCUUUUUCCUUUUCUUAAAAAAAAAAUAAUACAGAUUUUAUGCAAGCCCGCACUGUGAGUUUCAGACAUUUUUCAGAUCCUUUUAAAACGGCAUUUCAGUAAAAACUGGAACUAAAGAACAAGAAGGGAAUAAAUUGCAAGCAUGCCCAGUAAAAGCUACUGCAAUCAGUGUUAUCUCAUCCAACUCACAGUUGACAUAGAUUAUUUGAAAACUGCCCUAAGCUUUCGGACGACAUGACUGUGCAUCUGGGCCUGUCUUACCACUGUUUGGCUCCCCAGGAAGAAAGAAAAGGGAAAGAAGUGUGCGACUAAUCAUUUCUCUUGGGACUUAUUUUUUCCUGGUGGAUAUGUUCUGGACAUAAUGUUCCCAUACGGUUCUCCAAAGAGUCCAUUGUUAUCAUUGAAGGCCCAGAUACAUCUUCUUUCGUAGUGACUUCAAAUUAUUUUACUCAAGCUGCUUAUAGGGAAGGUGGACUCUCCAUGAAAUGGAUCGGAUUAAGAACCGUCUUACUCUUCCAGAGAGUAUUAUGUUUUUAUUGUACAUUUUUUUCCCCUUUAGUUGCAGUUUGCUUGCUUCUAUUACUGUAGUUUGGGACGGGGGCUUUUUUGUAACUUUUCUUCUCCCAGGGAGUAGCAGAGGGCAAUGUCAGAACAUUCUCCACCCACUCUCAAUCAGAAGAAAACUCCCAAUUGCCUUUUGUUUUAGGAAUAUAUGGAAUUACUAUUCCAUAUAUAUGGAAUAGGGAUAGGGAAAACGAAAGAUAAAUAAUUUUACAGAUCAACUAUUUUCCAGGUUUGAAAAGCAGGAUAACUGGCUGUAAGAGCAUAUUAAGUGGGGGGAAAUGUCUGAUUAAGAUAAUUUAUUGCUUCAGCUCUACCCGCAUUCAUUGAGAAAUGGGACACUUAUUUGUAAAUCUUUGUUAUGCCUGUGUUGAACAAAACAAAUAUUUAGGUAUCUGCUUACUUCAUUAAUGUAAUUGUUGAAACAAUGCCUCUACAAUUAUCAGGACUUACAUGUUUCUAAUGAAAAACUACAUUUUGUAGUCUGAAUAACAUUGAUUGCAACAUUACAACAUGCCCAGAAGUAACAUUUGUAAUAGAAAACUAAAAUUGGGAAAAUUCUUAUCUUUUAAUAUGCCAAAAUGUAUGGCAGAAUAGUUGUUGUUUUUUCUGGAGAUAGAGGGGUUUAAAUCAUUUAUAAUAUCCCUUCAUGCAAAUCCUUCGAUAGAAGCUAGACAGGAUGUUUUAUAUUGUUCAAGUAGUUUGCAAAAAAUUUAGAAGACGAUUACACAAAUAAAACCGGGAUUUAAAAACUUAAGAAAAAUGAAUGCUACAGUCAUUGAAAUCUGCAAAGAUAUUAAGGGAAGUCUCCUCUUAAACAGGUUGCCAACAUUUUCAUAAUUACAUUAUUACUUGACUGGUUUUCAGUAAAAGCAGCAUUCAAAUUUAUUAAAAUUAAGAUUUUCCUUAGUCUUAAAUUGAGGGGGGGAAAUAACAUUUCCUGUACCCUUUUUUUCAUUACCAAACUUAUUUAGAUUGACCUCCAAAAACUUUAAUGAGGUAGGAAUUUUGGUUAGGAUGCAAGAUUUGCAAUAGGGGCUCUGUUAUUGGGGGGAAAACGUUUCUCAGGGUAGAAGUUUCUAUGAGAAGUGCCUAAGGAAAAUAAAGCCUUCCCAGCCCUUUUUCCUUCAACAGAUAUAAUUGUGAAUAAAUAUUAUUAGCAUGAAAUGUGUGCUGUUAAAUUUCACAAAAAUGUUUGUUAAUUGCCUUCAUUCAGAUGAAUUUAAAUUAUAAUACUAAAUAAAAACUACAAUGUGAAAUAUAAAUAUUAAUUUACGUCAUGCAGCUUUUCCCAUGGAUUGGUAUGAAUAAGUGACCGCAUACGUAGCUUCCAUAAUACUUGCAAUCACAACAACUUUUGAUAUGACUGCCAGUUUUGGAAACAACAGACGUAUGUGAUUACUUACUAAUAUUUAUUCAUUUGGCCCUAAAUUGCAAGUGAAUGUUCAAAGUGAUAAAAAUAUUACCAAUCCUCUCAAAAGAAGAACGUUGGAGUCCCAAGUACUGAACAGGAAAUAAUUUUGCAUUAAUAGUGCAAAAGAUACAUUAAUGAAACAUCCAGUAUUGCAGUACUCACUGUCAUAUUAUGGGAUAUAUAUGUGUGUGUGAAUUCCUCUUGUUUUUGUUAAGCGUACAAAUCUUAUGUAAUUCCUUAUUUUUUAUAUAUAUAUUGCUUGGUUGUUAGCACAUGGAUUUUUUUAAAUAAAGAAUUUCAAAUAAAUACCUUAA